AAUGGAGCAUCCUGAAGUCUUUAAUAAAGAGAACACGAAUUCAAACACCAGUGCUAUACUUAAUUAUAAUCAAACUGUCUUUGAACCAAAUAAAGUACAAACAGGAGUUUACGCAGAAGGCUUCCUCUUAACAACUGAAAGCGCCGAGUCCGGUGAAGCCAAACUCGAAAAGAAAUUACAUUCGGAUAUUGUUAACGAAAAUGUUGCAGUUGGCUUAAUGUUUGCCAGCAAGGCGAUUAUGCAACUGAUUACGAAUCCAAUUAUUGGACCGUUGACGAAUCGAAUUGGAUACAACAUCCCAAUGUUUUCUGGUUUUGUUAUCAUGUUCAUAUCUACUUUGGUUUUCGCGUUCGCUCAAAGUUACGGUGUACUUUUUGUAGCAAGAGCUGUCCAGGGUAUUGGAUCAGCAUGUUCCAGCGUUUCCGGUAUGGGUAUGUUGGCUGACAGAUAUCCAGAUGACAGAGAAAGAGGAAACGCUAUGGCUAUUGCUUUGGGUGGAUUAGCUUUAGGGGUUUUAGUUGGUCCUCCAUUCGGAGGAAUUCUAUAUGAAUUUGUAGGAAAAGCCGCUCCAUUCAUCAUUCUAGCUGUCUUGGUUAUGCUAGACGGAUUAUUGCAGCUAACAAUAUUUGAUCUGAAAGUUAUUCCAGAAACCCAGAAAGGGGCACCUUUAAAAAAUCUUUUAAAGGACCCUUACAUUCUAUUAGCAGCCGGUUCAAUAACAUUUGCGAAUAUGGGUAUUGCUAUGCUGGAACCAUCGUUACCCCUUUGGAUGUUAGAUACAAUGAAAGCUAAAAAAUGGAAGCAAGGGGCAGCCUUCUUACCAGCAAGUAUUUCUUAUUUAAUUGGAACAAACAUUUUUGGGCCAUUGGCGCAUAAAAUGGGCAGAUGGUUAAGCGCCCUAUUGGGAAUGUUAAUUAUUGGAGCAUCAUUAGUAGCUAUUCCGUUUGCCAAGAAUAUAGGAAUGGUUGAUUCUUCCAUGAUGCCUAUUAUGGGUUAUCUGGUAGAUAUUAGACAUGUCGCAGUAUACGGAAGUGUUUAUGCUAUUGCCGACGUUGCAUUCUGCUUAGGAUAUGCCAUUGGACCAGCCCUUAGUGGCUCCAUGGUAAAGGCCAUCGGAUUCUCGUGGAUGCUGUUUGUUAUAGCAAUUAUCAAUUUCCUCUAUGCUCCCUUGAUGAUUUUCCUGCGGAACCCUCCGGUAUUACAGGUUGAGAAACAGUGUUUAGUUAUGGGCGAUAGUAGUAAUGUAAAAUAUGUUCAAUAUACUGAAGAAUCCCCAGAAGCUAGUCCGAUUAAGGAUAGCACCUUAGAAACAGAACGCAGUAAAUUCGUAUCUUCCCCACCUCAGUAUGAUUCUACAGCAGAAAAGCAAUGUCCUUGA